CUUGUCUUGUGAUUUUUAAGCCUCAAAAGAAUCUUGAGGUGGCUGGGCGUCUCAGAAUUCCCAACCGUUGUGUGGUGGCCAUGUGGAAAGUGAGACUAUUGGCUUAAACCACUACAAAUGGUAGCUCUACUUCUUCUUCGUAAUUCAUUCUCAGUAACAGUUCAGUGCAGCGUAUAGGAGUCAGGUCUAGGCAUUGGUGCAUAAUCCAUUGUACAUGCUUGGAGCUGAACUCAAUUAAGUCAAUUACAAAAUAUCACCAAUGGCAACUGUGGCUGGUUCAAACUUUGUAUCAACAAGUUCUCGUGUCAACUAUGGAUCAAUAACUUCUGGAUCAGAGGGUAAAGCAGCACUGAUGAAAUUUGGUUUAAUGAAUCACACCAUGACUCACAAUGGGUUAAGAUCUUUGAACAAAGUGGAUGAACUAGUGCAUGUCAGUACCAUGGCAAAAUUAACUACCAGGCAAACCAGGAGUAAAACAUUCAAGAGUGGGAAUGCAUGGACUUCACGGACCAUUGUUUGCGGAAGUGGGAUGAAUUUGAUCUUUGUGGGGACAGAAGUAGGUCCCUGGAGCAAAACUGGUGGACUUGGAGAUGUUCUUGGAGGUCUACCACCAGCAAUGGCGGCCAACGGGCAUCGUGUUAUGACUGUCUCUCCACGUUAUGACCAGUACAAAGAUGCGUGGGAUACAGAUGUUGUAAUUGAGCUUAAAGUAGGAGAUAAAACCGAAAAGGUUCGCUUCUUCCAUUGCUACAAAAGAGGAGUAGAUCGCGUUUUUGUGGAUCACCCAGCGUUUCUUGAAAAGGUGUGGGGGAAAACCAAAUCCAAAAUUUAUGGGCCUAUGGCUGGAGAGGAUUUCCAGGACAACCAACUUCGAUUCAGCUUAUUAUGCCAGGCCGCUCUAGAGGCACCAAGGGUUCUAGCACUUAACAGCAAUGAAUAUUUCUCUGGACCAUAUGGUGAAGAGGUCAUAUUCAUUGCCAACGACUGGCACACUGCCCUGAUCCCAUGCUACCUGAAAACUAUAUACAAACCCAAAGGCAUAUACAGCACUGCCAGAGUUGCCUUUUGCAUUCACAACAUUGCUUACCAAGGCAGAUUUGCCUUCACAGAUUUCUCACUUCUCAAUCUCCCAGACGAAUUGAAAAGCUCUUUUGAUUUUAUUGAUGGGUAUGAAAAGCCAGUCAAGGGAAGAAAAAUCAAUUGGAUGAAAGCUGGAAUUUUAGAAUCAGACAAGGUUUUAACUGUGAGCCCAUACUAUGCCCAAGAACUUGUUUCUGGCGAAGACAAAGGAGUGGAAUUGGAUAACAUCAUUCGUAAAACUGGCAUUCAAGGAAUUGUGAAUGGCAUGGAUGUCCAGGAAUGGAACCCCUUAACUGACAAAUAUACAAACGUCAAAUAUGAUGCUUCAACUGUGUUGGAUGCAAAGCCUCUUUUGAAGGAAGCCCUCCAAGCUGAAGUUGGAUUGCCAGUGGAUAGAAACAUCCCUGUCAUAGGCUUCAUUGGUAGACUCGAAGAGCAGAAAGGUUCAGAUAUUCUCGUAGCAGCCAUUCCCCAUUUUAUCAAAGAGAAUGUUCAAAUAAUAGUCCUUGGGACUGGCAAAAAACCAAUGGAGAAGCAGCUUGAACAGCUGGAGAAAAUAUACCCUGACAAGGCCCGAGGAGUGGCGAAAUUCAAUGUUCCCCUGGCUCAUAUGAUAAUAGCUGGUGCUGAUUUUAUACUGGUUCCUAGUAGAUUUGAGCCCUGUGGUCUCAUUCAAUUACAUGCCAUGCGUUAUGGAACAGUACCUAUUGUUGCCUCAACUGGUGGAUUGGUUGACACUGUUAAAGAAGGUUUCACAGGAUUUCAAAUGGGAAGCUUCAAUGUUGAAUGUGAAGCUGUUGAUCCGGCCGAUGUGACUGCAGUGGCUACAAAUGUGAAAAGGGCCCUCACAACCUACGGAACUCCAGCUUUCUCUGAGAUAAUACAGAAUUGCAUGGCUCAAGAUCUCUCAUGGAAGGGACCUGCUAAGAAGUGGGAGGAGGUGCUGCUAAGUUUGGGGGUGGCGGGAAGUGAACCUGGAAUUGAGGGUGAGGAAAUAGCUCCACUCGCAAAGGAAAACGUUGCAACUCCCUAAGAGCUAUGGCAGGCCUAAAGCAAGAACUCCAAAGACUAACAAAAUAGCUGCUACUGCUUGUCUAACAGUCAGCAGACCUUCCUUUAUCGUUAUUCAUUCUCGCUGGGAAAAAUGUUAUAGUAAUAGCUAGUUGGUGGUCUUAGAUGGUAGUAAUAGUUCGACCGAACAAUUUGACACCAAGUUCCAACAGCCAGUACAUAGCAUAAGGAUUUUAAUGGUAUACAUAUUACAUGCAGGUAGGCAAAACCAAAAAUUGCAUUUUUAUGGAUUUUUCACUCAAUUCUCUCCAUCAUGAAUAAACCAAUCAUCUUGUUAUAAA